GAAGGUGUGACAGUUUCUGGGGACCCAACUGGCUGAGGAAGAUGCGCUCAGCACCCUCAGGCGAGUGAGCAGAGGUACGACUCCCUAUUUCAUUUGUGCCCUGAAACGUACAGAGGAGAGAAAAGGGAUUCAGCUCCAGAGACUACGAGGUGAUUUGGAUACGGGGAGGCAGUCGGAGUUCUAGUGGGUUCUGCUGAAGAAGAUGAUUUGUCCAGUGGGAUCCAGUGUCCAGGCGGUAGAGAGGUACCUUUCAGCACCCUGGACAGCGUGCGCAUUGCCUCCUCUUUCUGUUCCCAGAACCUAAAGCGAGCUUGAGCUCUGCUAGCUCAGACCCGAACCGCUUACAACCUUAUCUCCUCCUGGCCAUGGGGCCCAGGGUAAGUCCGUAGAGCAAUGGACUUGGCUGAAGCCCUCCUGGCGCUCCUUCUCGGCUCAGUUCUAGUCGUCUCGCUUCUGUCCAACCUGCUGGUGCUAUUAUGUUUCCUCUCCAGCUCCGAGCUCCGCCAGCAGGUACCUGGACUCUUCCUGGUCAACCUGUCUCUGUGCAACCUGCUGCUGACCCUCCUGAACAUGCCCUUUACUCUUUUGGGUCUCCUGUGGCGCCAGCAGCCCGUGGGGGACUGCGCUUGCCAGGCGGGCUUCUUGGAAACUUUGCUGGCGUCCAACGCCAUGCUGAGCAUGGCCGCGCUCAGCCUGGACAAGUGGGUGGCCGUGGUGUUCCCGCUGAGCUAUGCGAGCAAGGUGCGUGGCCGCGAUGCUGCGCUCCUGCUGGCCUACGCGUGGCUGCACUCUCUCGCCUUCCCGUUGGCCGCACUUGCCUGCUCCUGGAUCGGAUACAGCGGUACCUACGCCUCCUGCACUCUGUACCUGCGGGUCGAGGCGGAGAGGAGGCGCUUUGCCGCCUUCACGGUGGCCUUCCACGCCGCCAGCUUUGCGCUCUCGCUCGUGGUGCUCUGCUUCACCUAUCUGAAGGUGCUGCGAGUGGCCCGCUUCCAUUGCCGGAGGAUCGACGUCAUCACCAUGCAGACCCUCGUUCUGCUGGUGGAUAUUCAUCCCAGCGUGAGACAGCGCUGCCUUAAUGAGCAGAAGCGGCGGCGGCAGAGGGCCACCAAGAAGAUCAGCAUCUUUAUUGGCUCCUUCGUCCUCUGCUUCGCUCCUUAUGUCAUUACCAGGCUGGUGGAACUCCUUCCAUUCAUUACAAUCAACAACUACUGGGGAAUAAUAAGCAAGUGCCUCACCUACAGUAAGGCUGCCUUGGACCCUUUCGUGUAUUCACUGCUGCGGCAACAGUACAAGAAGGUGGUGAUCAACAUUGUCAAUCGGCUACUGAGACGAGAUUUAUACCCAUCAUCUGGCUACAACAGCUCUCUUGACACAGAGAAUGAUUACUGCCUCCAUCGGCCAAACUGAACUCCACUAUUAGGGUUUGGGGACUGAGAAGGAGCAGACUUUUAAAUGCCCCAGCCAAUUUUCAGCAAGCCUCUUAUAUGAUGGGCUGAUAGCUGUGAUGGGAACCCGAGUCACCUCAGAGUCAGAGAGAGAAUUCCAACUCUCUUUGGGGGGCAGCAUUGAGCUCAGUAGCAGGACUUCAGUCAAAGCUAAGACAAGGGAAAGGACAAAAGGGGUGGAUUUUCUUUUCUUGCUGCUAAACUGGAAUUUGGAGUUUUCUCUCCAAGCUCUUAGGGCUCAAUAAUCAAUUUUCUUAUGCGAUGUAUUGAGGCAUCUUGGAGGAGUUGGUAAAGCAUUGGUUUUGGAGUCAGGAGACCUAGACUAGAAUCACUGCUCUGAUACAUGUUGCCUAUAGGACCUUGGUCUUCACUCCCUUGGGCUUCAUCUUAAUGGAGAGAAUUAGACUAGCUGAUCUCUACGAUGCCUUCUAGCUCUAGAUCUUAUAAUGAAUUAGAGGAAAGCUGUGGCAGUGAGAAAGGAAGCACAGCAGGAAGAUGUGGAGAGCCUUCAGAAUCCUUGUCUGCCAUUACUCCAGGGCUGCCUCUGUCCCUUCAUCAUCUGAAGAAUGCCAAGGCAUUGUUAUAUUGAAGUGGCAGCAUUAUGGAGCAGGAAAGGAGCUAGAUUUGUGGUCAAAGUACUUAGGCACAAAUCUCAGCUCUGCUGCUUACCACCUAUGUGACCUUGGGCAAGUCACUUUCCAUCUCUGCCUCAGUUUCCUCAUCUGUAAAAUGAGAGGGGUUAGACUUUAUGGCCACUAAGGUCCUUUUAGCUCUAUAUCUAUGAUUUAAUUCAAUAUAUAUCUUCUUAUCUCCUUCUUCCCCCCUCCAAAGAGUUUGGCUUGGUCUAUAGGUAAAUUAAUAAAUUUUAGAUUUGUCUACUUACUUUUACUUUGAUGCCAUGCCAGUCCAGCAUUUCCAUUUGGAAGGGUAGCCUAGAAUGGUCAAUGAAACAGCAGCUUUAUUGCUGAAAUCUUUGUCACCCUUUACUUCUGGAUGUGAUGUAUUAGUGAAGGGUUUCAUUUGGAGCAGGGGAGAGUUUUUCACUACAAAUCAAGAGAGCUAAGAGUACAGUGUGUACAAUAAAACAGAAUGGUUAUGAACUGGAUCUUAGCUUCCCCAUACCGUGAGUAGUGUAUUUUUUAAAAAAAAAUUUAAACAAGCUUUGAACCACAAGGCCUGAUAUUUUGAUUUCCACUGUCAACUCACCCCCACCAUAGUACCUCAUUUGUCAAAGUAUCAAUGGAAUAAGAGUCUGAUUUGUCGUCAAACUUCUAAUAUCCAAUGCAGCAUUGAUGAAGGGGGAUGGGGAAAGAAGACUUGGAGUGCCAAAUGUUCACAGAAUCUUUUAUUUGACAACAUUUAGGUCUUAAAUGAUUAUCUAUAGCCUGAUAUGAAGAUCACCCUUAACUACCAGAUUAAGAUGCAUUGGGAUACUACCAUUUUCUCUCCUGUGUAAACCAUGUGUCCAAGAAAAGGACUGGAAAAUCCAAACCUGGAUUUUCAGUUAUUCCCAAAGACUUAGCUCUUCAAAAGAGUUCGACGUUAAUGUGCAUCACUAUAUACCAACUCAACUGUUUGACAUUUGGGUUGCUAACAGAAUGUUUCAUAUUUGACCCACUUUGGUAGGUUAUCACCUAACUCAUCCAUCAUUUUAUUGAAUUUACCUUGAUUUGUUUUCAGACUAUUUGCAUAUGUGGGUCCAUUGCCAAGCCAGUCAAAUAUCUGUUUGGUAGCAGUGUGAUGGGGUGGAUAAAACAAUGUUCUAGGAGUUGAGAAAACUGGAUUCUGGGUCCAACUCUGCUGCUAGUCAGCUGUGAAAUCUUGAGCAAGCCUCUUUACCUCUGUGAGCCUCAGUUUCCUGGUUUGUCAUAACAAAGGUGUUGAAUUAAACUCUCUAAGAUUCAUUCUAGCUCCAAUAUUUUGUGAUUCUGGCUUUCAUUAAAUAAAUUACAGUGAUUUUGAUUGCGUUAUUAUAAAUCUAAGUUAUGUUGACUGAGUGCCCACUGGGUCUAAAAAAGAAAAAGCCCAAGCCUCAAACCAAAUGUGUCCAGCUAAAUGGGCCACAUUUGCAAAAUGGAGGGAAAUGGAUUUUCAUAAAAGAAAUUACUGCAAGAAUCCAAGUUGGUGAAUAAAAUGUGAGUGUUGGGAAAGACCUUUGAGAUUAUUCCCUCAUUUUACAGAUUCUGGAAACAGGUCAAUCUUAGAGAAAUGAAUCAUUCAAGGCUGGUAGAAGGUAGCAGAGUGAGGAUUCGUACCCUGGUCUUCUCAUUCUGAAUUCAGUGUUUUUCUACCACACAAUGAUGCCUCCUUUGUUAAUGAAACCAGAACUCAGUCUGAAGCUUAGGGUAGAAUUAAUUAUUUUCAGUGAUCCCUUCCCAACCCCUAAUGGUGAAACCUGCUCCAGAAAACCCUCCUAUAGCAUGUGAGUCAUGUAGGCCUCAAUGCAGUAAAAAUAAUUCUGCUUAUUUUAAAUUAGAAUGUGCUGUCCUGUUUUGUCCCUUCAGUAAAGUGUUUGUUCCUUGUAUGUCUGUGCAAAUAUAAUAUUUAGGGGAUGGGAAAAGCAUUUGUGUGAAAAAUAUGUUGCCUGUUUUGUCACAGAUUUCCCACUUACUCCCUUGGUACUUUAGGAAAAAAGUUUCUUAAGGAAGUCUGUCAUCACUGUGAAAUAGUCAGCAAUCUUUCUUUGUGGAGGAAUCCAAAAGAUUUGUAUUUGUUUUAGGUGAAAUUGCUUUUUAAAAAAUAAGUAUUUUGAUAUAGACUGAAUUUUCUCUUGACCACUGGAUGUCAAACUCAGUGGAUGGGAUGCUCACACUGAAUGUACUGUUUCUUUAGCCUUUCUUGGUCUUGAUUUUGUUCUUUAGUGCUGUGAAUAUUGAGAAAAAUCUUUCACAUGUCCUUCAGUGUAUCAUGAAGCUAUGUGGUUUUCCAAGUGAUUUCCAAGCCAAUAAAAGUUUCAUUUAAGUGUU